UUCAGCAACCUUCUAGGUACUGCGCAUUUUGGUGCCCCAUCCCGACAGCUGCAUCUCAGCACGGGGAGAAUCACAUCUUCAUCCGGCAAGGACAGCUCACCGACAGAGCCCAUCCUGGUUCUCCGCGGAGGCUCUGUUUCUACUUGCAGUACUGCAUCGUCAUCAUCGCCGAGGGCCCGGAGUCACAGGCGUCUCUCUGACGUUUCAGAUGAUAAGGUAACGGAUGAAGCAGCCGGGCUAAACCACUUCCUGAUUAACCCUAGCGACGACAAGAAGAACUGCUGCGUGGCUGCUGGCUGGAGGAGGAGGCAGGGAAGAAAAACUGACACGUGGAUUACUCCUCCUAGGGCAUCAGGAAAAACAGACUGCCCCCCCUUCUAGCUCUGUUUCGAAUACGGCGAUCACCUCCUCUCUCUCUGUUAGUCCAGUUUUACAGGGUAUGGAAUUCACCGUCAGGAUCCUAUGAUGUGAUUUCGCGCAUACUUUUAGGAGAAGAUUUCCCCUUUUCACCCGAACGCUUACUUUUCUCACUGAUCGACCGGAAAGGGAAGAAAGUGCAGUAUACCCGGAGCGGUUGAGAAGAGGCUGCCGUCCGUCACCUCACGUUGAAUGGCAGUUAUUCAAAAACAUGGCAAGACCUAUAGUCCAGAUUUGGUCUGUCACAAGGACAACCACCCGCCCGCCAAGAUCGUCCCCGGGUGUCAUAAGAAGUGGCCUGAACACAACACCAGCUGGUCAAGGCCUGUGGCAAGGAUAUGGACAGUGGUGCUGCUGCUGGGGACGUGCCUCCUGUACUGCGCCCGUGUGGCGAUGCCCAUCUGUGCCGUCAGCAUGGCAGAGCAGUUCGGCUGGAGCAAGAGGGAGUCCGGCAUGGUACUGGGCAGCUUCUUUUGGGGCUACUGCUUCACUCAGGUGUUCGGAGGCUACGUGAGUGACCGGGUGGGAGGUGAGAAGGUCCUCCUGCUGUCUGCAGCAGCCUGGGGUUCAAUGACAGCUUUCACCCCAAUCCUGGCCCACUUCUGCUCCCAGCCGAUCCUCUCUAUGACACUAGCUCGCUUCCUCAUGGGCCUACUGCAAGGAGUUCAUUACCCCUCUCUUGCAAGUCUGUGCUCACAAAAGGUGGUGGAAAGUGAAAGAGGCUUCCUCAUGAGCACCGUGGGUAGUGGCUCCUAUCUGGGCACUCUGGUAAUUGGGGGGGCAGGCUCCCUCAUGUUGGACCUUUACGGCUGGCAGAGUGUUUUUUAUGUUUCUGGACUCCUUUCAGUCCUGUGGGCCUACUGCAUGUGGAAAUAUCUACUCAAAGGAGAAGGGCCUAUAAUCACCUUGGAGUCCCUGGGCAGCAGUGGAGCCCAGUCCAAACUGACCAAAAGACAUUGGUUACGGCUCUUAAAACAACCUGCUGUCUGUGCUGUAAUAGUGACGCACCUCUGCACGGCGAGCACCUUCUUUACUCUUUUGUCAUGGCUGCCAACAUUCUUUAAAGACACAUUCCCCGAUGCCAAGGGCUGGGUGUUCAAUGUCAUUCCUUGGUUAGUGGCCAUACCGUCAUCCCUCUUUAGUGGCUGUCUCUCUGACCACCUCAUCAGUCAAGGCUUCGAUACAGCAUCAGUGAGGAAGUUGAUGCAGUUUUUCUCCAUGGGUGUGUCCAGUGUGUUUACCCUUCUUCUGUGUGGCACAACUACCUUCCCCUGGGCUGUAGCAUUUGUGUCUGCCACCAUGGGCCUCACCACCUUCAGUCACAGUGGUGUUUCUGUAAAUGUUCAAGAUCUUGCUCCGUCCUGUGCUGGCGCUUUAUUUGGCGUUAUGAAUACAUGCGGUGCUUUCUCAGGGGUCUUAAUGGUGUACUUCUCGGGGUAUCUCAUUGAGGCGACAGGCUCAUGGGCUUCUGUGUUUGCCCUCAUCACCACGGUCAACCUGCUUGGCCUCUGUACCUUCCUGGCAUUCGCUGAGGCACGCCGGGUUGACAUUGACUCUACUAAGUUCCGCCACCACAACAUACACAUCUAAAUCGUCAGUUAUUGGAGGGACCUGAAUGUGACCUCGGGCAACCAGCAGCUGCGAUAUUAUCCAGCGCAUAGAUGGAACUGCACACAACAAUUAUGAAAAGUUUGAUUGGCUCUGUGGUUGUUUGACUGCAACAGCAGCACACAGCAGAGCCUGCACAAUGUUACUGAAAAGUCUUGUCGGGCUUUAACCUUGGAUCCUGGAAAGAAGACAACUGUGUUAAAGGGUGCUGUGCUAGUUAAAGAAGAACAUGGAAGUAGGAAAGACUACACUACCUCCAGGCUCCAUGGAAAAUAGUUUACACUUAACAUGUGUACAGACUGUGUUACUUAGGAACAAGAAAAUCAAACAGAUUGUUAACUGAAAGCCAUAGCCCACUGCUCUGCUGUGUUUGUGCCGAAGGAGCUGUGAGAGUGAUGGAUGUGUCACUCUCCGGAGUGAGAGCUGUGACAGACCGAGGUGGUUUGUUUUUGCCCUGCAGGGAUGGGUUAGGCGGCGUGGAUGACACAGGGAGAGUCCAGCCUCUCAUACCUGAAGUCUUUUAUUAGUACGCCUCACUCAGCCGUCACUGAGAGAUCUGAGUGACACCUCAUUACCCAGCCACUAAUUACUUUAAAGGCGGUUUAAUGUCCUAUACAAUUUACCUUCUGUGGUUCAAAUCACCAAGAGCUUUAUGGCAGCAAGGCUUUGCCUAGGCGCUCUCGCUGAUCGUUGUCUCCAAGGGUUUGUUUUAAGUUGAAAGACCAAAGGUUAUUAAUUAAUUUAAAUAAUUGUAUUUUCAUUAUUUGUAAUUGCAUGGAAUAGAAAUACCUCACCUAACUGCUUUGAGUAAUUUUAUAUUUAUAUGGAUAGAGUUUGAAAGACUUUCUUUUUUUAAAUUGUGUUAAAUAGACAACAAAUAUAUCUAAAUAAUCACCAGUGUGAUAUCAUAAUAAUGUAAAAACAACACAUGCAGACAACACGAUUCUUCAAGAAGACUUUUUAGGUUGCAUUAUUAUCAUCGCACUUAAUACCUUUGUUACUUAGGCACUAGACAGGAAGUGAUAUCAGUAUUUGGGAGGGCAUCCAUUAACUUUUCAUGAUAGAUAGUGCUAGCUGUCACUAAGGCAGUUUGAAAUAGUCUCCAAGUUACACAGUGACGUUAUGAAUGUUAGGGGACAGGCGAGAUAACGAUAAAUUAUCGGAUUCAGUACAAUCGAACUGGAAACCUAUGUAGCAACGUAAAACUAGCUGCAUAACUCCGUCUGAAGAUUUAGCUAAAUGUAAUGUUUAUCUUUGGCGUUCACAGUUUUACAAGUUCUGUUUUCAUGUUAGGUCCAGAUGCUUAUUUGAUACCUUAAAUCUAUGCAUUUAUUGUUUUGUGCCUCAGUUGAGCAACAAGAAAACUGCAAGACAUGCACCUUCGUGGUAACAAAGUGUCAAGUGCUGAUUGCUGUACAUUGCUGAUAGUUGCCUUAUUUGUUGGAUUUUUGUUGCCUCUUUGUCUUUUGUUACUGUUAUUGGCAUACAACUCCACAUUGGCUUAUAUUUUCUAGGAUUUUAUUCCAUGUAUACUUGGAGGUGUAACAUGAAGUGCAUUUCUGAUGUUGGCAUUGUCACUUGUUACAAAAAAGAAUGAAGUCAUUGGAUUUAUUUAAAGCGCAGCUCUCCGUCUU